CUCCUCAUCAACGCACGCACACACACACACACACGCACACACAGACGGAAAUUGGUGGCAACAGUGAAGCGAUGUCCCCCAUUAGGUGACAACGUUGGCACCGUCUCUCCGAGUCCCUGUCUGUCCUCGCUCCUCGCGGACACUGCUUGUUUGAACUUGUCGCGUGGCCCCAAAGUGCUCGACCCUCUCGCGUGCGGAUCUACCAGCGGACAAGUAAAGGGGACCAUCCUCAACUAUCGUCGUCUACUUCGGGAAUGUUGCAUUCCCUCCUCCUCAGAUCUCUCGGGCAUGCUACAAAACUCUCAAACUCUCAGAAAGGUCGUUGCUAUUGGAUGCAGACGCUCGCGGCGCCACUCGGCAGCAACAUCAUCAUGUUGGGCUGAGACUUUACCGCGCGGACCUGUCAGACCGGGUGCCCCUGAUGGAAGAACCGAACGCCGCAGCGGCUGCCAUGGCGUACAAUACUUUCCCGGCUCGUCAAGCGGGCGCCUUGCCGCUGUCAGCCUUCUUCUCCGCCGCACAGCCCUCGUUUUUCCCCGGGCCGCCUUUCCCGGACGUCGCCCCGCGGCCCGAGCCUUCGCCCGGACGGGCUGCCUCCGACGCGGAGCUGCUCGCGGCUCUGGCCCGCCAGCAACAGCCGGUCCAACCGCGGUCCCUCCGGAGCCUGCCGAUGGAGGAAGGGCUGGAAGAUGACCCGAAAGUCACGCUGGAUUCCAAAAAACUGUGGAAUGAGUUUCACAAAAUGGGAACGGAGAUGGUUAUUACAAAAUCGGGAAGGAGGAUGUUUCCGGCGUUCAAGGUGCGGGUAGAUGGGCUGGUUGAAGCAGCGAAGUACAUCUUGCUGAUGGACAUUGUCGCUGUUGACGACUGCCGCUACAAGUUCCACAACACCCGCUGGGUGGUGGCUGGAAAAGCUGACCCGGAGAUGCCAAAGCGCAUGUACAUCCAUCCAGACAGCCCGUCCAAAGGGGAGCAGUGGAUGAGCAAACCCGUCGCUUUUCAUAAACUCAAACUCACCAACAACAUUUCCGAUAAGCAUGGAUAUACAAUUUUGAAUUCAAUGCAUAAAUACCAACCCAGGUUUCAUAUUGUAAGAGCCAACGACAUAAUGAAGCUUCCCUACAGCACCUUCCGGACUUACGUCUUCCCGGAGACGGAGUUCAUUGCUGUCACUGCGUAUCAGAAUGAAAAGAUUACACAACUAAAAAUCGACAACAAUCCGUUUGCCAAAGGAUUUAGAGAAACAGGAAAUGGGAGGCGAGAAAAGAGGAGUAAGCAUUUAACCAUUUCUUUGAUGCACGAGAGCCAACGCACAGCUGACCUGGACUGUGCUGAUUCUGAUGACUCAUGUGAACAACCCAGUACCAGUGAUCCAUUAUAUUCCCCCCGGGAGCUGGUGACCAGCCCUCUGAUGUCCACACCAACCUGCCCAGAUGACGAGAAUUUUGAAAGUGCUUCAGAUGUUGAUCAACAAGAAGAGGACAUUGCCGAAGGGGGCCAUCCCAGGGACGAAUACGCGUCUUCUUUGAGUCAGCAGAGGGAGGGGAUACUGUGGAACCGGCCUGGUCUUAGUAAGAGCGACGGCCAUCAGGACACAACCAAAGAAAGAACAAUGUUUCCAUCACCAGAUUUGAUGUACUCUGCGGAGAGGGAUUCUUCAAAAAAGCACCUGAGCGAAAUCCCACAUGGCGUCCUGCCAAUGAUGUUGCAGACGCAGAGUUCAAUGCCUCUCGCCGCUGGUCACCUUCAGACUUUUGAUUUCCCGAGUGCGCAUAGCCAACAGUUUCUGAAGCUGGGGGCACCGUUGUUGUUCGACCCGGGACAGUUGACAUUGAAGCCAGAGGGUGCGGGACGUCUGUUGCCUUCUUUUCUUGCAGUGGAAAACAGAGGCCUACCUUCUCAAAGCAUCACCUCUCCAUCUCCCUUCAUGUUCCACCUUUCACAGCACAUGCUGGCAUCUCAGGGAAUCUCACUGUCACCCUUUGGAGGAUUGUUCUCCUAUCCAUACGGCUACAUGUCAGCCCCAGCUCUCCCCACCUGUUCGGCAACCCCGACGUUGGCAAGAAACCCCUGUUUCCGCAGCUCUCGGCCAUUGUUGCGAUUCAGCCCUUAUCAGCUCCCAGCCUCGUUCACCUCAAGCCCAAACCCGCUUUCAACCAGAUCCCCUGGCCCUUCAAACUCACAGUCCGAGGCGUCCAAAUCUGGGAGCAGAGAGACAAGUUUAGUGCCUGACAAUCACUGUCAGCAAAUGAAGGUCAAACAAAAGACUUUGCCACCGGAAUACAUCAAAGGCUGCGCUGCAAAACACACAUAACUUGGUGGACUUGAUAAUCAACCUCGUGGAGAAUACACUCACACUUUAUUGUUUUUCAUGUUAAACCUGGUGGAUGCACUCUGAUGGACACAACACAGGUUUAUGAAAAUGCACGUGAUAAUCACCUAAAACAAGUAUUUUGCUAGAAACUGCAUGUGUGGCUGCUGAUCAACAUGUCAUUUAUAACAUCAAUCAUCAAUCCUGCCAGAAAGAUACUGUUUAAGUGAUUUGCAGUCAACAGAAGAUUUACAACAUUUGUGUGUGUGUAGCAAGUUGACAUUACGUGGAAAUACAUGGUCAAACUGUGAUAUGCUGUUAAAUGCAUAUCGGGGUGUCUUUAACAUACCAAAUCAAUGCUUUUAGGACGUCUUUACAGGAACCAAAAGAAUUAUGAAAAAUAUGCUAAUUUGAAUUCCUUUAGGGAGAACCGGCUAUGCAAUACUCAACUCCCAAAGUGAAGUUAUUAUAGGUGAGAACAGUGUGCUUUAAAGUAAAACACAUUUGUUUGGCUUCAUUCCUCAUGAUGGUGUACAUAUUUUCCUCAUCAUGACAAAUCUAUAAUCUACCUGUUAACUGUUUCACCCUGUGUUGAUGUACCAAAGCUGCACUGUGGACUUUGAGAGGAAACUCAGGAUUAUUUUUUAAAUGUAUUUUUACCAGCACUUAAGAAAAUUGUUUUCAGCAAUCUCGCAGAUUGUCUGCCAAAUUAUUCAGGUGAAUUGUUCUUGCGUGUGCUUUUUUCACAAUUUAAAUAAAGAUGUUGUUCACAU